UGUCCCUCUCUGUCUUGGCAGCCAGGGUGUUCCUCUCCUCUCCCUUAGCCAGCAAUGACUUUGUGGAACUGGUCUUCUGUCCCACCACGCUUUCUACCACCUUCCUCCUGCCCGAGUCCCGCGUCUCUGUUGGCCAAUCGAUCUACACCAUGACAGGGUCCCGGCAGCUGGUUCCCGGCGGAGGAGGGCUGCGCGAGAGGUUGUGUGGCUUGGGUUGAAGGAUGGCCUCACUGGACCUGCCUUACCGCUGUCCGCGCUGCGGGGAACACAAGCGCUUCCGGAGCCUGUCCUCUCUAAGGGCUCACUUGGAGUACAAUCACACCUAUGAAACUCUCUACGUCUUGUCUAAGACAAACAGCAUCUGCGAUGCCACCAUCUUCCCCCUGCCGACCGAUGCCGCCCUCUUGAGCCCGGCGACCCGCCGGGACAUCUUCGAAAGCACUUCCUUCCAGGGCAAAGAACAGCACCUCACUUGCGACCUCCUGUCGGCCGAAGAGCUGGAGUCCUCCUCGUCUACCGCGUCAUCCCGCUACUUCCACGAGAUCGAGAUCCCGCUGUCGGAGAUCUUCACCCGCAAAGUCAUGACUUCCUCCGCCACGCCUCCGGCGUCUGCCGCCACUGCCGCGGCGACGGUUGCGGCGGUGGACGCAGCUUACGAAGAAGGUUUGACCCGUUUGAAGAUCCGGGCUUUUGAGAAGCUGGAAGUGGACAAACGUUUGGAGAAGUUCACGGAAGAAGUGGAGCAGAAGAUCGCCUCCCAAGUGGGACGGCUGCAAGUGGAAUUAGACCGCAAAACCACCGAGCUGGAGAAAGCCAAGCAAGAAAGCCUCAAACUCAGCCGCGAGAAACAAGAGCUGGAAGAUCGGGCGGUAGAGCUCUCCCGCCAGGUGGACGUCAGCGUGGAGAUGUUGGCGUCCCUCAAGCAGGACCUCGUCCUGAAGGAGCAGGAGUUGACCCGCAAGCAACAGGAGGUCAUCCAGAUAGACCAGUUCUUGAAGGAGACGGCCGUCCGCGAAGCCAACGCCAAAGUCCGGCUCCAGCAGUUCAUCGAGGAGCUCCUGGACCGAGCGGACCGGGCGGAGAAGCAGCUCCAGAUCAUCAGCAGCAGCUGCGGCACCACCCCGAACUGUAGCCUGGGAAGAGGGAGCGUCCCGGGAUCCAAGAACAGCAGCCGAGGCCUCGCGAAUGAAGCCAAGGGCGAGGGCGUCCAGCUGCGCCAAAGCAGUCUCCCAGAGUUCGGGGUGCUACGACAGCGACAGCCCUGAAGCCUAUCACGGGGGCGAGAACAGCAAUGGGCCCUCCUACCAGUCUCGAGGCUCGGAGAGCGGCUUUGAGCGGCCCGGCGGGGUGCGCAGCUCGGCUUUGCGCAGACAGGCCAUUCAGAAUUGGCACCGCCGGCCGUACCGGAACAGCACCGAGGGGGAGGAAGGAGACAUUUCCGAUAUCGGAUCGCGGACCACCGAGUCGGAGGCGGAAAUGUGGGAGCUGGAACCAAGGGUGCCCGCUGAGGUCCAGCAGGUGAAUUUCUCCAGGCCAGGACACAAUUCCAGGAUGGCAGCCAGGUCCGAUGCUGGAAAAGCAGGCCGGACGGAGCGGGGAAGCGCCUCCCGUUCCAAUGAGGUCAUCAGCCCAGAGAUCCUGAAGAUGCGGGCUGCCCUCUUCUGCAUCUUCACGUACCUCGACACCAAGACUUUGCUCAGGGCUGCGGAAGUCUGCAAGGACUGGAAAUUUGUGGCGCGACAUCCCGCCGUGUGGACCAGGGUAUUGCUGGAAAAUGCUAGAGUCUCCUCAAAGUUCCUGGUCAUGUUGUCACAAUGGUGCACCCAGACGCAUUCUCUCACCCUCCAAAAUCUCAAACCCAGGCAGAGGGGGAAGAAGGAGACGAAGGAGGAUUACAUAAAAAGCACACGCGGAUGCUUAGAAACUGGCCUCCAGCAACCCACCAGGUUUAGCAACCGUUGCCUGCAGAUGAUUGGGCGUUGCUGGCCACACUUGAGAGCGCUGGGGGUCGGAGGAGCCGGCUGCGGCCUGCAGGGACUGGCUUCCUUAGCCCGCAACUGCAUGCGCCUUCAAGUGCUGGAGCUGGAUCAUGUGGCGGAGGUCAACCAAGAGGUGGCGGCCGAGGUGUGUCGCGAAGGCUUGAAAGGCCUGGAGAUGCUGGUCCUCACGUCCACUCCGGUCACCCCGAAAGCCUUACUGCACUUCAACAGCGUUUGCCGGAACCUGAAGUCCAUUGUGGUCCAAGUCGGGAUUGCCGAUUACUUUAAGGAACCAAAUAGUUCGGAGGCCAAGAAAAUGUUUGAUGAAAUGAUCAACAAACUCCAGGCUUUGAAGAAGAGGCCGGGCUUCUCAAAAAUUUUACACAUUAAGGUGGAAUCCGGUUGCUAACCUUGGUGAGGGACGAGCCCGACCGACCGUCGCUUAACAUCCCGUUCCGAAAAGACUGUCCGGGAUUCCGAUGCCGGCUUCAGUUCCUCCUGAACUGGCUCCUUUUGCAAGGCCCAUCCGAGGCCUCCUCAUUUGGGAGCAGGUCUUGAGUUCCGGAAGAGAUGGGGCUCCUUCUCGAGGCGGGAAGAGCCGAGGAACACCAGAGAGGCUGACGGUGCUACCGAAACUCACCCGAGAACUGAGAAGAAGAUCCGUCCUCCCGUCAUUCUCCUCGCCGUUUUUUUUCCCCUCGCUCCUCCGGCGGAGGCAGCUGCACGACCACCUGCCUCCCGCCGCCGCGUCGUUUCCGUUCUCCUCUCCCGCCUAAAUUUGGGAGCGGUUUUCUGCCGGAAGGCCGAGAACUCAACCAGGGCCAGGAUCGUGCAGGAAAAGUGGUUUUUGUAGUUCCUUACUUGGGCGGGGGGCGCGGCCCUCCUGCGUUGACGACAAACCAUAGUUUCCUGCUGUCCGUCCCCCCCCCCAAUUCAAAACUCCGCCACGGCUGGCCUCUGUCCUCUUGCUUGCUUUUCAUAUAUUUUUUCCCCCCAAACCGGCAUUUAUUUUGGAUUUAUUUAUGUAUUUUAAGGAUGGGUGAGCUUCUACGGUGUAAAGGGACAUGGAUCUAACCGCUGUCAGUUUUUUUUUAUUAUUAUUAUUAUUUCGAAAGGAUAAAGCAGCAUUAAUUAAGCAGAAUUCCUCCACUCCAACAUCUGGGCAGGUUGGAUAUCGCUCUCUGCAGCGUGGGAAAUGUUGCGGGAUACGGCUUAACGGAAUCCACGUUUUUUCCUGCUCUCCAAAGGGAACAUUCACACACGCGGACGUCCCUGCUUUUGAGCCGGAGUGCUCAACCCCUUCGUCGGUGUAAAAAAGCAUUACGCAUUCUGGUGGGCUCGUCUUAUCUUCUAUCAGCCGCUUCAUCUUUUUUGAUAGACUGUGAUAAAUUGGUCCCCCUCCCCAUGGCAGCUCCAGCAAGGGACUCCUGUGAAAUUUAAGACCGGGGACGCUGGAGGGGUGUUAGAAAAAAAUGGCCUUCUCGGGUGUAGGCAUCUCUCUGGAGUAAGGCUGGCUUUGUAAAGAGACACCAGAUCCACCAACUUCCCAUUUUUUUUAUUUUUUUGGAGCUCUGUAAAUUUAUUAUUCUGGACGAAUCUUAGUCCGUUGCUGUGUUUGCUGGCUUCUGCCAACUGAAAUAACGGCGUUGGAAGGGACCUUGGAGGUCUUCUAGUUCAACCUUUGAGGGAUGUCGCCGAUCAAGGAAGGCGGGAUCGCUUCCCUCCCGUUUCCUUUACACAACAUCGCUUUGAUUUCUUGAAGGGGAGCGAGUUCGAAACUCACAGGGUUUGGUCUCACAAGGAGAAGCUUGCAAAAACAAGCCAGCUGUCAGGAUGGGGAAGCUGACUUCUGGAAGGUGGUGGCUCCUACUCGGGAGUAGCACAUCUUGCCCAGUGAGCUGGUUUCAAAGUUUCGAGCGGAAGCUUUUGCUCUAAAUUUAUUCUUUUACGAAGAGCCAUUUUUUUGUGGGGGAAAGACUUGAAGGCCUUCGAAGAACUCUUUCCCAACCAAACUCCAGAAUUGGGUCCGAAAAUCCAGCUGUGCCAAGACAUCUCAGGACUCUUGAAAACAAAGGAGGACGUCCGAUCUGUUCGACGUCGACUCGUCACAUCCGGAGCCUUGUUAAAAAGAGAGUGGGCUGCCCUAUUCCUUGUGUGACUCACAACUUUCAAGAAACAACCGUCUCUUUUUUCAAAGCCAAAGCUGGCAUCAUCUCAGCCUUCUGCCUCGAGAAUAAACGAGGCCAAGAAAACCGGGUUCUCAAGGCCCGGAGCUGAUAGGAGAACUCCCUUGCAGCUUGGCUUUUGGGAGUGGCACACAAACACACACAACACAUACAAAAAGACACAGCUCUGCUCACAAAUGCUCCGAGUCCCAUUGGACCCUUUGAAUCUGGACGGUUGCCCAGGCUAAGGUUAGAGAAUUGGAGGUGAGGUGCCCUGUGCCAAGGGCAUACAGGUGCCAGAAUCAUCCCCCCCCCAAAAAAAGUCAAGAUUGCGCCACUAAAGCCUUCUCACCAGGGCUUUGCUGGUGGAGCUGCCAUCUUGUCUUUUUUGUACCCCUCCUAAGGUCUAUUUUCAGGAGCCAACCCUAAAUUGGUGUAGAUCAGAGGCAGGUUUCUACCGGUAAUUUGGCCCAGGUCGCAGAACCGGUAGCGUGCGCGAAGCGAACCGAUACCAACGCCGGUAGGAACUCCUAGUUCCUGGCAUAGAUCUCUCGUUUUCACUUGUUGUCCUGUAAAUAAUCUGCCCGUUCAGGAGGGGGGUGGAGAAGUGUUUUUUUGCUUGUUCCAUUAAACAGGUGAGACCGCUUAGCGCCCAAAAUGAUCAAGGCAUCGUAGGAGACACAACAGCCGCCAACGGAGCUUGAAGUCCAGGCUUCGUUUGGACCGCAGGCCUCAAGUGGUUGAACGGUCAUUCCCUUCUUCUCCAAGGACCGCGGGAUACAGGGUUGGUUUGGACCAGAAGCUCAGCAUCCUGGCCAAACAAAAAUUUCUCAGGAGCCUUUGAAAGGAAACGAUGACUGGCCUAACACUUCAGGUCCGUGUGGAGGGGAAACGGGGAGGGCCACGCCCACCAAUUUUACGGUUUAAGAGGAUCUUCAGACAGGAAAGAGAGACAACCCCUCCCCCACCAGCUGCAAAUCAAGAGUUGGAGUUUUAAGUCCAGCUGCAAGCCGUCUCUUCUGGACCCCAAGACAGGCAGGGCCCCCCAAU